AAAGCUCGGGCAGCAUGACCGUGCGGGGCGGCCGCGGCGGCCCCGGCUCCUCUCCGCCGCCUCCCCCUCCUCGGACCGCCUCGAGCCGGUGAGAGGAGAGAGAAAGCGAAGAGGAGGAGGGGAAGAUGGGGGCCGUCCUGAGGAGCCUCUUGGCCUGCAGCUUUUGCGUCCUCCUGAGAGGGGCUCCCUUGUUGCUUUAUGCAAAUAGACGGGAUUUACGACUGGUGGAUGCUACCAAUGGUAAAGAGAAUGCUACAAUUGUGGUUGGAGGUUUGGAGGAUGCAGCUGCAGUGGACUUUGUUUUUGACCAUGGCUUGAUAUACUGGAGUGAUGUAAGUGAAGAAGCCAUUAAACGAACAGAAUUUAACAAAACCGAGAGUGUACAAAAUGUGGUUGUUUCCGGAUUAUUAUCCCCUGAUGGGCUGGCCUGUGAUUGGUUGGGAGAAAAAUUAUACUGGACAGAUUCUGAAACUAAUCGGAUUGAAGUUUCCAAUUUAGAUGGAACUUUAAGAAAAGUUUUAUUUUGGCAAGAGUUGGAUCAGCCAAGAGCUAUUGCAUUAGAUCCUGCAAAUGGGUUCAUGUAUUGGACUGACUGGGGAGAAGUUCCAAAGAUAGAACGUGCUGGAAUGGAUGGAUCAAAUCGUUUCAUUAUAAUAAACACAGAUAUUUACUGGCCAAAUGGAUUAACCUUGGAUUAUGAGGAAGAAAAACUUUAUUGGGCAGAUGCAAAACUUAAUUUUAUCCACAAAUCAAAUCUGGAUGGAACUAAUCGACAGGCAGUGGUUAGAGGUUCUCUUCCACAUCCCUUUGCCUUGACGUUGUUUGAAGAUACACUGUACUGGACUGACUGGAACACACAUUCCAUCUUGGCCUGUAAUAAGUACACUGGGGAGGGGUUACGUGAAAUCCAUUCUAAUAUCUUCUCUCCCAUGGAUAUACAUGCCUUUAACCAGCAGAGACAGCCAAAUGCUACAAACCCAUGUGGAAUUGAUAAUGGUGGUUGCUCCCACUUGUGUCUGAUGUCUCCAAUCAAGCCUUUUUAUCAGUGUGCCUGCCCAACUGGAGUAAAACUCCUUGAGAAUGGGAAAACCUGCAAAGAUGGAGCAACUGAAUUAUUGCUUUUAGCCCGAAGGACAGACUUGAGGCGAAUUUCCUUAGAUACGCCAGACUUUACAGAUAUUGUUUUACAGCUAGAAGACAUCCGCCAUGCAAUUGCUAUAGACUAUGAUCCUUUGGAAGGAUACAUCUACUGGACUGAUGAUGAAGUGAGGGCUAUACGUCGCUCUUUCAUAGAUGGAUCUGGCAGUCAGUUUGUGGUGACAGCUCAAAUUGCACAUCCUGAUGGGAUUGCAGUGGAUUGGGUUGCACGAAAUCUUUAUUGGACUGACACAGGCACUGACCGCAUAGAGGUGACGAGGCUCAAUGGAACCAUGAGAAAGAUUUUGAUUUCAGAGGAUUUGGAGGAACCCCGAGCUAUAGUACUAGAUCCAAUGGUUGGGUAUAUGUAUUGGACUGAUUGGGGAGAAAUCCCUAAAAUAGAGCGUGCAGCUUUGGAUGGGUCUGACCGAGUAGUUUUGGUAAAUACAUCUCUUGGUUGGCCAAAUGGUUUAGCUCUGGAUUAUGAUGAAGAAAAAAUAUACUGGGGAGAUGCCAAAACAGACAAGAUUGAGGUUAUGAAUGCAGAUGGUACUGGAAGAAGAGUAUUGGUAGAAGACAAGAUUCCUCACAUUUUUGGGUUUACCUUGCUUGGGGACUAUGUCUAUUGGACUGACUGGCAAAGACGUAGUAUUGAACGGGUGCAUAAACGAAGUGCUGAAAGAGAAAUCAUCAUAGAUCAGUUACCUGAUCUUAUGGGCCUAAAAGCCACAAAUGUUCAUCGAAUCAUUGGUUCCAACCCAUGUGCUAAUGAAAAUGGGGGAUGUAGUCAUCUUUGCCUCUAUAGACCUCAAGGACUCCGCUGUGCCUGCCCCAUUGGCUUUGAGCUUAUCAGUGACAUGAAGACUUGCAUUGUUCCAGAAGCUUUCCUCUUGUUUUCUCGGCGAGCAGACAUAAGGCGCAUUUCUUUGGAAACAAACAACAACAAUGUGGCAAUCCCACUUACUGGUGUGAAAGAAGCUUCUGCUUUAGAUUUUGAUGUAACAGACAAUCGUAUUUACUGGACUGAUAUUUCUCUGAAGACUAUCAGCAGAGCAUUUAUGAAUGGCAGUUCACUGGAGCAUGUGGUGGAAUUUGGCUUGGAUUAUCCAGAAGGCAUGGCUGUAGACUGGCUAGGAAAGAAUUUAUACUGGGCAGACACUGGAACAAAUCGUAUUGAAGUAUCAAAGUUGGAUGGGCAGCAUCGACAAGUUCUGGUAUGGAAAGACCUGGAUAGCCCCAGAGCUCUUGCAUUAGACCCAGCUGAAGGGUUUAUGUAUUGGACUGAGUGGGGUGGGAAACCCAAGAUAGACAGAGCUGCAAUGGAUGGAAGUGAACGUACUACAUUAGUUCCAAAUGUAGGACGGGCAAAUGGUUUAACUAUUGAUUAUGCUAAAAGAAGACUCUAUUGGACAGACUUGGAUACCAAUUUAAUUGAAUCUUCAAAUAUGCUAGGUCUGAACCGUGAAGUUAUAGCAGAUGACUUGCCUCAUCCUUUUGGCUUGACUCAGUACCAAGAUUACAUUUACUGGACAGAUUGGAGCCGACGUAGCAUUGAACGUGCCAACAAAACCAGUGGCCAAAACCGAACCAUCAUACAGGGACAUUUGGAUUAUGUGAUGGACAUCCUAGUCUUUCACUCCUCUCGGCAGGCAGGAUGGAAUGAAUGUGCUUCCAGCAAUGGGCACUGCUCCCAUCUCUGUUUGGCUGUGCCAGUUGGUGGUUUUGUUUGUGGAUGUCCAGCCCACUACUCAUUGAAUACUGACAACAGGACUUGUAGUGCUCCUACCACUUUCCUGCUCUUCAGUCAGAAGAAUGCCAUCAACCGCAUGGUAAUAGAUGAACAACAGAGUCCUGAUAUUAUCCUCCCUAUACACAGCCUACGGAAUGUUCGAGCCAUUGACUAUGACCCUUUGGACAAACAACUUUAUUGGAUCGACUCACGUCAAAAUAUGAUUCGAAAGGCACAAGAAGAUGGUAGCCAGGGUCUAACUGUGGUUGUGAGCUCAGUUCCAAAUCAGAAUGUGGACAUGCAGCCCUAUGACCUCAGCAUUGACAUUUAUAGCCGUUACAUCUAUUGGACUUGUGAGGCCACUAAUGUUAUUAAUGUAACAAGGCUGGAUGGGAGACCUGUUGGAGUGGUUCUCAAAGGAGAGCAAGAUCGACCUCGAGCCAUCAUGGUAAACCCAGAGAAAGGGUAUAUGUACUUUACCAAUCUUCAAGAAAGAUCUCCCAAAAUUGAGAGGGCUGCUUUGGAUGGAACAGAAAGAGAGGUCCUCUUUUUUAGUGGCUUAAGUAAACCUAUAGCUUUAGCUCUUGACAGCCGCUUGGGCAAACUGUUUUGGGCUGAUUCAGACCUCCGGCGAAUUGAAAGUAGUGAUCUCUCAGGUGCCAAUCGUAUAGUUUUAGAAGAUUCCAAUAUCUUGCAGCCUGUGGGACUGACUGUUUUUGAAAAUUGGCUGUACUGGAUUGAUAGGCAGCAGCAAAUGAUUGAAAAAAUUGACAUGACUGGUCGUGAGGGGAGAACCAAAGUCCAGGCUCGAAUUGCCCAACUCAGUGACAUUCAUGCUGUUAAGGAACUAAAUCUUCUGGAAUAUAGACAGCAUCCAUGUUCUCAGGAUAAUGGUGGUUGUUCACAUAUUUGUCUUGUGAAAGGAGAUGGUACAACAAGGUGUUCUUGUCCAAUGCAUCUGGUACUACUUCAGGAUGAAUUGUCUUGUGGAGAGCCUCCAACAUGCUCCCCUCAGCAGUUCACAUGUUUCACGGGAGAGAUUGACUGCAUCCCUGUGGCUUGGCGAUGUGAUGGAUUCACUGAAUGUGAAGACCACAGUGAUGAGUUAAAUUGUCCUGUCUGCUCAGAAUCCCAGUUUCAGUGUGCUAGUGGGCAGUGCAUUGAUGGUGUUCUUCGAUGCAAUGGAGAUGCCAAUUGCCAAGACAAGUCAGAUGAGAAGAACUGUGAAGUGCUUUGUUUAAUUGAUCAGUUCCGUUGUACCAAUGGACAAUGCAUUGGAAAGCACAAGAAAUGUGAUAAUAAUGUGGACUGCAGUGACAAGUCAGAUGAGCUAGAUUGUUAUCCAACUGAGGAGCCAACCCCACAGGCCACCAAUACAGUUGGCUCAGUGAUUGGAGUGAUCCUCACUAUUUUUUUGUUUGGCGCCAUGUACUUCAUCUGUCAGAGGGUGUUCUGUCCACGAAUGAAGGGAGAUGGAGAGACGAUGACAAACGACUAUGUAGUUCAUGGACCAGCAUCUGUGCCCCUUGGUUAUGUGCCUCACCCUAGUUCUCUUUCAGGUUCUUUGCCAGGAAUGUCCCGUGGCAAGUCAAUGAUUAGUUCCCUCAGUAUCAUGGGUGGAAGCAGUGGACCACCUUAUGACAGAGCUCAUGUCACUGGAGCAUCAUCUAGUAGUUCUUCAAGUACAAAAGGCACCUAUUUCCCUGGGAUUUUGAACCCUCCUCCAUCCCCAGCUACAGAGCGUUCACAUUAUACUAUGGAAUUUGGUUAUUCUUCAAACAGCCCUUCUACUCACAGAUCCUACAGCUACAGGCCCUACAGUUACCGCCACUUUGCGCCGCCCACCACCCCAUGCAGCACUGAUGUCUGUGACAGUGACUACGCCCCGAGCCGGAGGAUCACCGCAGCAGCGGCAGCCAAGGGCUACACCAGUGACUUAAACUAUGACUCUGAGCCUGUGCCCCCACCUCCCACUCCGCGAAGCCAGUAUCUGUCAGCUGAAGAAAACUAUGAAAGCUGCCCCCCUUCCCCCUACACAGAGAGGAGCUACUCUCACCACCUCUAUCCCCCUCCACCGUCCCCCUGUACAGACUCCUCCUGAGGAGGGCCCCCCCCUCCUCUGACUGCCUCCAGUAUAAAAGUGUAAAUACAAAUUGGUUGAGAUCUGGAGGGGGGGAGGGAGCUUUCAGAGAAAGGUGAGGCAGACCAUGUACAGAUAAGAGUUUUAAAUGGGGUGGGGAAUACUGGAGAUAUUUGUACAGAAGAAAAGAAUAUUUAUAUAUUUUCUUAACAGCAAAGUUGCUGCUUGUGCCAUAAAAAAAAAAUUUGUAUAAAAUAAAUUUGUACUAAAAAUUUUUAUUUUUACAAACUGAAUACACAAAUCAUGCCUUAAACCCAGGGAAGUGACUGUGAAUAUACAUAGGAAACAGAAAGACAAAGGUGAAUCACUGUCUAGUAAGAUGUGGGCUUUGUUGAUACCAAAAAAAGAAAAAAGGUCCAUGACCACCACCUCAGAGCAGCAAACCAUAGGUACUUUGAAGUUGCUACUUAUCCUUCAUGUUAACAAUGGAGGGUUAACAGCUAAAGUUUAAAUAUGGGGUAGGAGAAAGAAAAGUUACUAACAAAGGGCUUUGUUUUCAAUAGUAAUACAGUGAUUUUAGCAAUGAAAAUAUAUAUAUACUUUUAAAAUAGUACAUUUUAUGAUGGUUUCUUUUGGGAAGAGUAUAUAAGUUGUCCAGUAUCAUAUCACAAAGUUGUGUGUGUGUGUGUGUGUUCAUUUGUCACAAACACACACACACACACACACACACACACACACACACACUCAUCUCUACCCUGGAACCUCCAUCUCUGUUUGAAACUAAUAUUCUCCCUAGGCCAUCUGUCUUACCUCCUUUCCCUGACAGUCCUAUGGAUGCUUUAGUCAAGACACCAUGAUUUAUUUUUUUUAAAUUAUUUUACAACUAAUAAUAGAGGAGUUUUCCAAUUGGAAUAUGUUUUAUAAUCAUUUCCAUUUCCCAGUAGGCUCAGUUCUCCAACUUGACUCUUUCUUCUGCAUAAUGUUCACAAGUUAAACAUAUUAUCUAUUUCCCUUCCCAAGAUAUUUUUCCUUCAAUGCUCACAGAUAUGUCAAUAUUUUCUAUGACAUAUACUAUAGACAGUGUUUAUGAAUUAUAAAUUUAGUCUAUUGUAAAUUAAUCAUAUAUCCUUGCAGUACUUUCAGUGUAUAUCACAGUAUAAAUCAUCUUAUAUAAAUAAAUAUAUAUAUAUAUAUACACAUAUAUAUAUAACACACACACACACACACACCCAUAUAUAUAUUUUCUGAAUACAAAGCAUUUAAACCUAUUGGAGACAAUCUAUUAAAAUAAUGAAUUCAUUGGAAGAGUUUUCCAAUCUAUAGAUUAACUCUGUUCUUUCAUGUUCAGUAAGCCAGUUUUCUCAGCAUGACUUUUACAUACCUCUUCUUGUGUGGCAUGAGUUUAAUACUUAGUGUUUUCCACUGUGAAUAUAGAUAAUGUUGUUGUUGUUCUUGUUGUUUCAAAUUAUUCUUAACCAAAUUAUACUUAAUUUACUUCAUGUUUAUUUUUAAAAUAUGUUCUCUCUCCAAAUUUAUUUUGAUCAAAAUUACUGCUAUUUAAUCAUUUAGACAAGAAAUCUGUUUGGACUGAAUGGGAAGGUGAAUUAUUUGUUGAUUCUUUAGUUGCCAAAACUGAGGUGGAUGGGGAAAAGAAAAAUCUUUUGUACUCUAUCUGCCUAAGUAUUAAGGCUGCUGCAUCCUUAGUCAUCAGGGACAAGAUAUGGUAUGAUCUCAGCACUGUCACCUUAUAUGUUUCCAGUUCUUUCCUCCUCAGAAUGAAAAUAAUGUUUUCAUUUAAAUUUGUAAAGUUGUAAAAAGUUAUCUAAUUUUGCCCUUGUGAAAGUAUAGCUUAAAUCUCUCUAAUUCCAGUGCCAAAACAAUGUAAGCUGUUCAAUAUUUUUAGCAGAAGUAAUUUUUUAAAGUAAUUGAAAAUACUUAGGUAAUUAGGUAAUUUAAAAUGUUAUUUCUAAAUUAUCCUCAGAUUAUUUGAAAACAAAGAAUAGGUUAUAGUACUACAUUUUCCCUAAAUGAUAUUCCAAUCAGUUGUCUUAUUCAUUCAGGCAGGUAAUGACCUUUCUUAGCGAUGAAAAACACAGUUUUGGUCUUAAGGCAGGAUGGACAUUGAAGGUGUAAUUUGUAAUACACAAGGGGAACAUGAUCCUUAUGAAAAGAAUAAGGUGAUCAAUAGCUGGGUGUCAAUCAGAAUUUGAGAAAUCUACUUGUUUACAUUUUUUUUAAUAUGCAGCUUUACCAUGAGGGGUGCAUGUGUGGGAAUUUGCACUAUAUGAACUAAGAAGAAUAUUGCCUUGUUAUAUCUCAGUUCAGGUACUUGUACUGCGAUGGCAAUGGUCUCUUCUUGCAAAAUACUAAUUUGUGUGCCAAUUUUUAUUUGAAAAUCAUUUGAAGGUGAUUCAGCUUAGUUUCAGUAUCCUCUUUUUUUCUUUAAAAGUUUCUGGAAGUAUUUUUGGGAUAGGACAGAAUAGAUAAAUUUGUGUAAGUGUUGUUAGCUUUUGGCCUUGCUGGACAGUUAAGCCUAAGUGAACUGCACAUGAAUUAUUGAACAUUUGUUUGACCAGGAAUGAAAGUGAGUAGAGAGUUCGGUGGAAAGAACGAAAUGAACAUAAUAGAAGUCGAAUUUGCUAAAUCUGAGAAGAGUUUAUUUCAUUUUGAAUUAAGCUCUACAUUUUGAAAUAAGAUUUCUAAUUAGAACAUGAAUAAAAUUCAUUUUAUUUUGCAUUAACAGUAGUAUUAAAACAUUUUGUGAUGGUGUUUUACUCCCAAACCCUUCAUGUCAUAAAGAAUGCCUCCCCUGCAUGUUGGACUCUGCAGUAUAAUGUUUUGGAAAUAGCAUUGGAAUAGGUAGACCAGGGUUCUUGUUUUGUUGACUUCUAAGGUGCCUUUGAAAGUCUAUGAUUCUUUGAUUAUAUAGUUUAUAUAAAGCAGCUUGUGUGCAAAAUGGCAGCCGAGAUGUAGUAGAUGGAAAGCUGGACUCAGAACUGGAGAGACCUGCACCUUUGACACAUGAUGGCUGUGUCAGACUGUGCAGGUCACUUAAUCUGUCAGUACUGGAGACAGCUCUCUGGAGCUGUAACUUGCAGAAAAGAUUGCUGAUCUGCAUUGAUGAGGGGUGUUUCCUGCAUCAGUGAAAUCACAAGUCUGGUCUCUAUCAGUACCUUGUCUGAACAGAAAGCCCUGGCUGUGCCCUGGAUAUGCAGAGUUCUCUGCACAGGGAAAUGACAUUUAGAGUAUUUAUUCACUUAGAACAGACCAGUUUGUAAAGACUGUGUUUGGGGAAUGAUUGGGAGGAAAUUUCUUAAGAUGGUUAAAGUUUGACUUUUCACUAUUUUACAAAAUCUGAGGUUGGAGAAUUAAGUUGUAACUAAAUCCAGUCAUAGUGCCUAAAACAUAAUAUGCCUGUUAUCAGUGUUAGAUUCUGGAUUCUCACAUUUGUGUAGUAUUUUAUGGUUAACAAAGCGCUUUUCUCACAUGGCUGUCCCUUUGAAGUAGGCAUUUUACAAAUAGAUAAAUGAACAUAGAGGCUUUAAAUGACUUGCCAAAGGAGACAUAGUAAAUUAAAAGCCAGGUCUUCUGGCUCAAAAUCCAGUGCACUGUGUGACUUUUGUGGCAUUUUUCUGUUUUCAUUUUCGUUGUUAUAAAAAAUUGAAAUUAGUGUCAAUUUUUAAUAUUUAUUCUGCUGGCUAAUGAAACUUCCAUGACUUUGUGUGGCAUUCAUGACAUUGGAGAUUUUGCCCUAAAUGGUCCUGCUUCUCCCAGAUGCCACUAACUUGUUGAAGAUGAUUACAUUCAUAAGUUAUCAAAGCACAGAUGUGAUGUUUUUAGUAAAGAAUUUAAGAUUUUUAUAUAUUUAAGACAACUUUCCCAAAUUAGAAGGCCAUUCAAUUGGCCGGAUUGUAAUGGCCUUACUAGGGCCUUUAGUCCUUAUGGCCUUGUAAGUAAGGAUGAUACACUUGAAUGAAACACAGAGCUAAUAAGACCAGACUAUAAUGUAUGAAUUUUCAAAAAGUGCCUGUAUUAGGCAUUUGAGGUAUAGAUAUCCUCAGGGAAUUUAGAGUCAAGGAUUAUAAAACACUAUUGUAAAACUUAUUCAUGGGAAGAAGUCUAUAUUUCUUUCCAAAUCUCUAACUUUGAAAUGACCCUAAUCUUCCUUAUGUUCACUAAUAUUCUAUUCAUUGUUCCUGCAAAGAUUAGCAUAAAUAAUGUUUCUCAUUAAUGACAUCUAUGAUAGUGUUUUUAAAAGAAUAUCAAAAUUUGUCAUUUUUCAUUUGAAUUAAGCCCAAAUUGAUAGUUUUGUAAAUUGAUGUUUGACUAAAAGCUUAAUGAAUUGCCCUUAGUGGUUAUUAAUAGGGAACUACAUUUAGCUAAAUAACAUUCUAAAGACUUUAUUUAGCCUAGAAUCAUAAUUAAACUAGCUUUGGAACUGGAGGGAAACUGAGGAAUUCCUGUGUUAAGCCAAGUAACUUUAAAGUAAAUGAUUGCUCUCAAUGCCCUCAACAAAAUAGAUAGUUCAAACACUUCUUAGUCUAUCAUUCAUUUGUCAUGAGAGUAAAUGAUCAAAUAACUACAAAUUUAGGGCCAAUCUAUUAAAUAAUUAAUAAUUUCCUUUUGCAUCAAAGGCAGCAUAGACAAAAAAAAAAUUUGUUAGGUUCCCAGAAUUAAUGCUUAGCUAAGUAGAUUAUAUUCUUGAUUUUUUCACAGCAUAAUUGUUUUUAUGAUGACACCAAAGAAUUAGAUAGUACACAUUUGCUUAACUGUCCAUGCUUCAUUUUAGUCCAAAGGUUGGUUGUGAAUUAAAAAAUAAAAAAUUUAAUUCUGGUAUCCUAGUAAGAAGUGCAUGUUGAAAACAAAACAAAAUGAAAGUUGAUUCUUAAAUCCAUUGUAACUUGGUUAAAUUGUUUAGGUUAUUAGGAAAAAUAGAAAUGUAUUUUAUAAAGAGGAUACCAAGAAACUUAAGCUGGACUAGCCUCGUUUGCAAAUGAAGGAUUUGGUGCUGCUUUCAGAUGUUUAUUCUUUAUGUUUUUGUUUUGUUUUUGUUUUGUUUUUCAUUUUUCUUGAGCUUUAAUCUUUGUCAUUGUCUUAAAGUCAGCUGGUGUUUCUUGUUCAUCGACUUUGGUACAAUGGUGCUUUGCAAGGAUGUAUUUAUACUAUAAUGACCAACAUUUGGUCAGUCCCUGUCCACUUUUUCACUGUAACUUACACACACACACACACACACACACACACACACACACACACACCCCUUACCCUUCCCUUUUUUUUGUAAAAUAAAUGCUUUACUUGUAAACUGUAUAAAAACAGACACCUUGUAUAAAUCCCCUUUUUGAUUAUUACAAUAAGUUGAGUUGUAACAAAUGAAAUGUUGAUUUUUAUAAUAAAACAGAGUGGAAAAAUAUUUGCUUGAAGUAAGAAAAUAAAACUGUCAGUUGUGCUUUGCUAAUGACCAAAAUAAGACUAAAUGUUGGGUUUUACAAUUAAAUAUUGCCUUAAUUAUUUA